ACAUAUUAUCUCGUUUCCUUGACUCUUCCAUUGGGAAUGGAGAGAGAGGGAAACGAUUGUGUUGUGGGAGACAAAUCUCACCCUUCUGCUGCACCUUCCAAUGGUGAAGCAUCCAUUUUGAGCUCUACCCUUUUGUUGGAUCAUGUUGGGGAGGUCACCCUCACCUUCAAUUCAGAUGGGUUAUCUUGGAAAUUGGUGGAAUCUUUUGAUAAUGAUGAUUCAAUUUGUUUAGGCAUUAAAUCUGUUUCUAAAGUUGUUACCGAGAUCAAACUUGCCGACAUAUAUGCUGUCGAGUUAAUCGAUCAUGGCUCGAUUCAUAUAUCAAAUCUACCUCGUGCUACCGAACGUCUACUUUUAGGUCAUGGCGUAAAGAUGUACCGCUUUAAUGUGCAUGGUGUUAUAAGGAGCAAGAAUCAACCUUCUCAGUGGAUCCUGGCUGAAUAUACUUUUGGUCAUAAAAAAUUGCAAACAUGUCAGAAAUGGGUAAAUCAACUUAAUGCUUCCUUAAAACUUGAAGUUGGAAGACCAAGGAAUCUUCUGGUUUUUGUUCAUCCAAGGAGUGGGAAAGGUAGUGGCUGUAGAACCUGGGAAGCUGUGGCUCCUAUAUUCUCACGUGCUAAAGUAGAAACAAAGGUGAUUGUGACAGAGAGAGCAGGACAGGCAUUUGAUGUGAUGUCAUCUAUAACAAAUAUGGAGCUUAAUUCAUAUGAUGGUGUUAUAGCUGUUGGUGGUGAUGGAUUUUUCAAUGAAAUCCUUAAUGGGUUUCUUUCUCCCAGGCUUAAAGCUCCCUACCCACCAACUCCACCAGAUUUUGUUCAUUUGGUUAAAGAUAAUGGUGAUUCCUUGGUUCUUGAUGAUAAUGAAAUAGUUGAAGAAACUUCGAGUCAGAGUGAAGACCAGUUUCCUCUGAUUUCAAGUCCAAAGCAAUCUGGGUCCAGAAUCUCAAAUCCUAAUUCAGAAGACAAGGCUCCUGAGUUUCCUGUGCCCAACGAAUGGUUUAGAUUUGGGAUCAUUCCUGCAGGUUCAACUGAUGCCAUUGUAAUCUGUACAACUGGAGCUCGAGAUCCUAUAACUUCUGCAUUGCAAAUUGUCCUUGGUAAAAGGGUGCACCUUGACAUAGCUCAAGUUGUACGGUGGAAAACAACUCCUAGAUCUAAGGUUGAACCUAAUGUGCGCUACGCAGCUUCCUUUUCAGGGUAUGGAUUUUAUGGUGAUGUCAUCACAGAGAGUGAGAAGUAUCGCUGGAUGGGUCCCAAACGUUAUGAUUAUGCAGGAACAAUGGUAUUUUUAAAGCACAGGUCAUAUGAGGCAGAAAUAGCAUACCUAGAUGUUGAAUCAGAUGAAACAAAUUUGACUUCCAAAAGGAAUCGUCAGGGUAGUCUGUUACGGGCAUUGAGAACCCCGCGCACAUCAGAAAGAUGUAUCUGCCGUGCUAAUUGCAAAGUUUGUAAUGAAAAGCCAAGUCAUGCAUCUGCUGGAUUUUGCAGCCUAACACCUCAUUUGUAUUCACAAGAAAGAAGAUGGAUGAAAUCCAAAGGACGGUUUCUUAGUGUAGGAGCUGCGGUAAUCUCUUGCAGGAACGAAAAAGCACCUGAUGGUUUGGUGGCUGAUGCACACCUUUCAGAUGGUUUCCUUCAUCUUAUAUUGAUUAGAGACUGUCCUCAUGCUUCUUAUUUAUGGCACCUGACUCAACUCACAAGAAGAGGGGGAAGCCCCUUGAACUUUAAGUUUGUUGAACAUCGUAAGACCCCUGCAUUCACUUUUACUUCUUUGGGCAAUGAGAGUGUAUGGAAUUUGGAUGGUGAGAUCUUUCAGGCACACCAACUCUCAGCUCAAGUGUUUCGUGGCCUUGUAUGCUUGUUUGCUUCUGGUCCUGAAAUUUAAUUGAAGAUGUAUAUUUGCUUCAAAUUGUUUUGGCUAUGCCAUUAACAGUAACCUCGAUGAAGCUUAUUUAGUGCCAAGAACUUGUGUUGUGUAUAUAUAUAUAUGUAGCAUUGCCUAGCUUCCAUUAUGUGGAAGAUUUCUAGGUACUCUAAAGCUGUGUUUAGGCCUUGUAAACAUGGAGGGGAAUUUUUGCUACAUUUGAGUACAUAUUUUUUACGCCUAGUUCAUGAUUUUUUUUUUUUUAUUAUUAUUAUUUUUUUGUAACGGGAAU